CUGUGCGUGUGUGUAAGACACACACACUGAGAGAGAGAGAGAGAGAGAGAGAGAGAGAGCGAGCGAGAGAGAGAGAGGCAGUCCUUCUGCAGAGAGAGAGAGGGAGAGAGAGGGGUCCGGGAAGCUUUGGAGCAUUGAAAGAAGAAAAAGACUUGCUGCUGUGCCACAUUUCCACACCCUACAACCACAAACAAAGUGAAUACUUUUCCUCAGAAAAGUUGGAAAAGCGGACAUGGCCGGGAUAACAUUCGCACGCGCGUCGCUCCUGUGCACCUUGCUCCUCUGGGCAUUUCAAGUUUGCAGUGGGGCUGUCACAGUGAAAGUGGCUCCAAAGGUGGAAGUGUUGAAGGGAGACACUGCUCAGCUGCCGUGCACACACACCGUCUCACCACCAUCAACUAACACCAUUGUGGAAUGGUUUUUCGAGGAGCAGGGAACCAGGAAACGCGUGGCUUUCCGCUCUCAGAGUGGAGAGCUGAAAAGCGACGACGACACUCCGCUGGCGGGGCGGGUCACCAUCGGAGAGGACUUCACCUUGACCAUUUCCUCCGUCAAACCUUCUGACGAGCUUGCUUUCUACUGCCAGGUCACCGCCGGCCCGAACGGCGUUGAAGAUGCUCAAACUUGGCUCAAAGUCUUCUUUGCUCCUGAGAAGCCAGAACUCAUAAAGACAUCAGUUCAGGCCAUCUCCGUGGGACAGUCUACCAGCUCAGAGAUUGGCACCUGCGUGACGAUGAAUGGCCACCCUCAGCCAAGGAUCAUCUGGUUCAAAGAUGACCAGCCCCUCCCUGAGGUCAAAGACAAGCGGGAGAAGACCUACAUGGUCCCCUCUGUGGUGAAGGAGGCCUCAGGUCUGUUCACCAUCAAGAGCACCCUGUACGCUCAGCCCACCAAGGCCGACAAGGACUCGGUCUUCCAGUGCACCGUGGAGUACAGCAUGCCGGGAGACCAGAUCAAACAGAAGAAGUCCGACACCAUCACCAUCAACCUCUACUAUCCCUCCGAGACGGCGACCUUUAAACUGCUCAACGCUGAGCCGAUCAAAGAGGGGGAUGCCGUCACGAUGAAAUGUGAGACUGACGGAAACCCCCAGCCAGAGUUUGACUUCACUAAAGAUGGUAAAAGCCUCCAAGGCCAGGGCGGUGUUCUGACACUGAAAUCUGUCAAGCGCACAGACGCCGGUUCAUACAAGUGCCAAGCGACUGAUUUCGAUAACCUGGAUGCCGAACUGAGCGGAACGGUAGAUCUUACCGUCAACUACAUCGACCCGGUGAGCGUGACUCCUGCCGAGUCUCAAGUUGUCAAGUUUGGAGACAAAGUGGAGUGGCAGUGCAAGACCAAGGCCUCUGCUCAACACACUGUCCAGUGGAAAAAGGGAUCCGAGGUUCUCUCUCAGGACGGCACUCUGUCAAUACUUCAAGCUUCCUACAAAGACGCCGGAGAGUACAUGUGUGUUGGAGCCGUUCCAACGGUGCCAGGACUGACGGCUCAGUCGAGUGUCAACCUCACUGUCAAAGGAAAACCAGUGAUCGAGACUCCGGCUAUCGCCGAGGUGGGGCAGGAAGGAGAGACGGUGACUGUGAAGUGCACAGCCUACGGCGUUCCCAUCCCUCAGUUCAACUGGAAGCCCCCAGGAAAAGAGGCGGUUACAGUGGAAGGGAACAAGGCGGUGAGCACCCUGACUCUCCAGGCCACAGCAGAGAUCAUGAAGGAGGGCGUGGUCUGCGAGGUCGCCAAUGAGUACGGAGCCGCUAUGGGGAACGUCCCGGUAUCUCUCAAACGAACAGUUGGCAACUCAGCUGAAGUGCUGCUCUCUGGAAAUCCUGUGCUAAAGUCAGCUGACAAGCAGCAGGGAGGCUCCAGCGGGGUGGUGAUCGCCGUGGUGGUCUGUGUGCUGCUGCUGCUGCUGCUGGUGGCCCUCAUCUACUUCCUGAACAAGAGGAGCAAGCUGCCCUGCAGCAAGAAGAACAAGAAGGAAGUGGCCGGUGGAGAGGUGAAUAAUGACAUUGUUGUGGAGAUGAAGACUGACAAGGCCAACGAGGAGGCCGGUCUCCUCAACAGAAAACCUCCCACAGAACAGUGAUAAACACCAGGUGAAUGAACGUAACUCACAUCGGGAUGAAGGGAAGAGGAUGACAGCUAUGAAGACAGCAGGGCUAACUUUUUUACGUUUGACUGAUGGAGGGGGGCAGCCGCGGUGGAGCUGGGAGUCGGUUUUGUUUUGGGGACUUUGGGGGGGUUGGGGGUUUGACACCAUGCUCGGUCUUGUUCAUGCUCGUUUUAAAACCCGGAUAACACCAGAUGUCUGGAGUUUAUCGUUUAAGCUCCGUCCAUCUCGUGCUAGUCCCAGUUUCUAAUGAUACAUGUGCACAAUCUGAUUGUGUCGUCACUGGAUUACUUUGUUGUUUUGUUUAGUUUUCUUUCACCAAUCAAAUCUGUGUUGGACUCCUCAAGCAGUACGGGGACGUCCAGUGAAGCCUUGGCAGACAUUCAACACCAGAAGUUUUCUUACAUGCUGCCAAUGAAACAGAAAAAUGCCAUAAAAACACAGUUAGGUCACACUUUUGAAUUAGUCUGCAUUCAAACGAAUCACUGAACAUCUUUGCUGCGUUGGAGUCCGCUCUUCAAAUUCUUCUUCUCAGCCAGUGGAAAUACAACAUUCUGUUCUCCUGUUUGAUUCACCUCAAUAACAAGUGAUGAUUUACGCUCACAAUAUUUAAUCCCCGAGCACACUGUUCGGCACUCACAGCUGUAACAUUUUUGCUCAAAGAAGCUCUGUGUUUGCUUUAGUGCUGUUUAUAAUUGCAUUUUUGCCACCUGUGAAUGUUUUUUUUUUUUCUCCUUUUUUCGAUAUUCCUAAUUAGGUUUCAGUGAGAGCCACUGAGACAUUUAAUAACGUCAAUCCUUUCUCCAAAAUUGCUUGCCUUUUAUAUCCAGAUAAUAUGCUGCCAAACAAGCAGGCUUAUCGCAUUGUACAAAUUUGUUCUCAGCGUUUCCAGGACACAUGUACGUUAAGUCAGUGCACCGAUUUGUUUGCUUGUCUUUCUGUGUUUCCUGUUAUUUACUUUAAAUUCAAAUAUUGGUGAACCUGUCCAUCAUGCGGUAGGAGCACAGUGCGUUAUGUAGAGUCCAGCGGUGUCUGCUGUUACCAAGCUGUUGACUAUAAUUGCCACAGUUUCUUUUUUGGGGGGGGGUUUCUUUGCCUUUCUGUUCUCUACUCUGGGGCAAAAAUCCAGAGUAGAGAACAGAAAGGUGAGAAACUAUCCCCAUGAGCACAUGGCGGCUCGGCUCAGACAGCCCAAUUAUCAUCAGCGUUCACUGUGAAAUUGGUGGAAUUUUGGUGAAACGUUCGACAAUCUCAACCAGCGGCCCGCUGCGCAGUUGUUCUCCCAUGACAGCAAAAUGAGCCUUUCAUCGGCAGCAGCAACAGAUUCGCCUGUUUUGGAGAAAUGACGGCCGCAGACGGGCUCACUCCGGGCUGAAGCGGCGGAGGCUCAGACAGGCGUGGGAGGGAUGUGGGUUUUGCUGCUGGAGUUUGUGAUGUAACUUUUAUUUUUACCAAAUGAAAUAGUUUUCGAGUGUCACAGCAGGAGCGUUUCUGUGAUUUAGGUACUUUAUACUGGCAUUUUUGUUCCUCCCCUACACUGUCGGUGGGCCAAAAAGGUUUGAUAGCAGGUUGAUGUGCUCUUUUACUUUGUUGUACACUGGAACGAAUGGCCUUGAUAUGUUUUUUUGUUUUGCUUUUUUGAAAAAAGGUCACUCCAAACCACUACUAGCAGCCAAAAGCCUCAUUUUUUCUUUUCAGUGUCUCUCUGCUGAUGUUGCCAUAAACGUACUGACUGUUAGGAAACCUGUAGCCGCAGAUGGAGAUCGAUUGAUGAUCCUGGACGAUUGUUUUUGACUUGUUCAUAUAAAAAUAUUGUGGUGUAAAAGUUGUUAUUUUAGAAAGGGGGCUUCUUAAUUUUGGAACUACUGAGUUUUUCUUUUUCCCACACUUUUUCAUUCACUGAGAGCAGAGAGAUUUGGUUUUUUAAAUUUUAUUUUAGUUUUUAUUUGUCUCUCAGUGCUUUAUGUCUCUCUCUCUCACUCUCUCUCUUUCUGUACUGUAUACUGUAUAUUUUGUGGUACACUGUUUGUGACCUCUGUGGUGUGAUGAUGCUUUUUAUUUUGUUGGAGCUGUGUAGAAUUUAUAAUGAAAAAAAAAAUCAAGAAAAGCCAAUCCCA